CUGUAGCUGUGUGUGUGUUUGGUUUUGGACAGUGAGGGGUUAAGAAGACCGGCUCCAUGAGCCCCGGUGCAUUCUGGUCUUCAACAGCAGCGAAAACACUUACCAACUUUUUAUUCUUUCUGGAGAGAGAAGAAACCUGUGCAGAGGAGCGGGGAACUGUUUUAUUUACCGAGUUAUUUGUUUAAACACCUCGAUAUACCCUAAUGUAGAGAGAGAGAGCAGCGACAGCAGCGCUGUUAUUAGUUACACAGCUACAGCUAACUACACUUAGCUAACUGACAGCAUGGAGAACCGCUGUUAACAGAUAAACAGUUAAGCUAAGCUAAGCUAGUGUUUUAAACCGCCUGUUACAAACAGCGGAGAGACUCCUGGGACUGCGGGGCUGAAACUCCUGGAGCCGCGUGUUUUAGAUAUUUAAUAGAUGUUGUCUGGCUGUACCCGGACUUCUUCUCAGUUAACUGUAGUUAUCAUGUAGUUAUCAGGAGUGAGGUGGACAGGUAGCCGUGUAUUUCUCCUGUAAUGGAGGCGUGUAUGCGGCUGUUCUGUCGUGAGAGCCCGUUUACUGUCUCUACGAGAUGCUGGAGACAAAGACCUUUAUCGGUAAAGAGGUCAAUACCUCUGCUCACCCGCCGCCUGUCUGCUCGCCCUUCAGCAGCGGCGGCGCUGUGCGGAGGAAAACACAGCCAUAUCCGCCCGCAGGACUCGCUCACGCACCACAGCGCCUUCUUCUAUCGUGGAAGAAUUACAGAUGCUUCCCAAGCAGCAGCCCUGUCCAGUGUGGCCCCUGAUUUUCUUGUGCAUACCCACACAAGGCUAGUAGAAGUUACAAACAAAACAUGUCUUUGUUGGUGUAUCAACAUUGGUAUGAAAUUUGAGCCAGACGGAAAUGUCACUACGUUUGAAAAAAAGAAAAACGAGUUCUACCAGGAACUUGGUUUGCAAGCAAGAGAUCUGAGAUUCCAGCACCUCACCAGCAUCACAUCACGAAAUAAUACAAUCAUAAUUCGCAUGGAGUCACUAAAAGCAGUAGUUACUCCCGAGUGUUUGUUGGUGCUGGAUUUUCGUGGGCUGGGUCUGGAGAAGUGGCUGGUUUUGGAGCUGGGGCCGCAGUUAGCAGGGGAUGGAGCUUUGGUCACCUAUUCACUGCCAUUUGAGUUCCGAGCUUUGGAGGCCAUUCUGCAGCACAGGAUAAACACACUUCAGGCAAAGUUAAAUGAGGUCCAGCCUCAGAUUAUGGACUGUCUGGAGUCAUUGGUGGACCCCAAGCUUCUGUCUGCAGACCGCAGUAAACUACACAUGCUUCUUCUCAGCAGUAAGAGCCUUUCAGAACUGGAGACUGACAUUAAAGUAUUUAAGGACAGCCUGCUGAAGAUUCUGGAUGAAGAUGAGCUGAUUGAAGAGCUGUGUCUCACCAAAUGGACAGACCCCCGUGUGUUUGAGCAGAGCAGUUUGGGCAUAGAUCAUGCUCAUGAGAUGGAGUUGCUGCUGGAGAAUUAUUUUAUGCAGGCAGAGGAGCUGGGAAAUAAAACACGAGAGCUAAAGGGCCUCAUAGAUGAUUCAGAAAGUGUCAUCUUCAUCAACCUGGACAGUCAUCGAAAUGUGAUGAUGCGCCUGAACCUCCAGCUCACCAUGGGAACCUUCUCUCUAUCAUUAUUUGGCCUGAUGGGUGUGGCCUUUGGCAUGAAUUUGGAAUCCUCCUUUGAAGAAGAUCCACGUGUAUUUUGGCUGGUGACUGGAUUAAUGUUCCUUGGCAGUGGUCUAAUCUGGAGACGCCUGCUGUCCUUCUUGGGACGACACUUGGAGCCAUCUUCACCUCCUCCAAUCCCACCAGUUUGGAGGAAAAACCAGAUCAGCACUUUAAAAGGGACAGAGAUAAAACCUGGAGUGAGAUGAUAGAGUGACUGCAGCAUUUCUCUAUUUGUCUGUCUGUGUCUGUCUGUCUCUCUCUUUCUCUCACUGAUUCCCCUUUAACAGUAAAUGUACUGUUUAUUGCAGUAGAUGUAUUGGUACAAUGUGCAAAAGUGUGGUUUUAUGUUGUUCAAAUAAUAUGCAGGAGAAGAAAGUAAGAAAGAAAAUAUUUAAGACCAGAAUAAAUGUUUGGGACACUUGAAUAUUAAAGCAGUAAAUCCCUCUUCUGUGGAAAGACAUUGGUCAGGUUGUAAGUGCUCAUAUUUAAUUAGUUUAUAUUUUUAUAUAAACCUUGAACCUUGAAAAGUACAACUUGGUCCAAACUGCACAUUUUGUAAGUAAGCAGUUUUCUUGCAUCCUGUUGUGAGUUGCUGAGUAUGUGUAUGAGAGAUUUUACACAUUUUGUGGACAGACGUUAUCUCACCUUGACACUUUUUACUGACUGUGUAUGUUAUUAAGCAGGUAUUGGUUUUUGGACAUUUCUCACAUGGAGUUGGUUUGACAGGUGUGUGAAAUGCUAUUGACUGUAUAGUGUUCGUCAUGAUUAUGACUGUAAAAGACACCCAGUGUAUACCUCUUUCUGACAUGAAGAUGUUAUGUCACCUGACUGUCAGUGUGUUCUGCUGCUUCUGUGUUACUAUAAAUAAUGGAACUCCUAUGCCAGUGGUUGCAUAGCUUUAAAUAAAAGGUCUAAAUAAAA